GCUACGUAGCCGGAAGCGGGUGGCGGCGGGGUGGGCGGCCGGCGAGCAUCUUCGGUGCAGUUCGCGGCGCCGCCGACCCCAGCCCGGACCCCCGCCCGACGGGCGCGCAGGAUCGAGCCCUGCCAGCUGGUGUAAAAGGGCCCUGCCAGCAGUAGGCGUCCGGAGGUCUGGAUUCAGCAGGUGUACUGGGUGGACAGGCAGGGUCCCCUGCACCAUGGCCAGCCCGAGAACCAGGAAGGUUCUUAAGGAGAUUCGGGUGCAGGAUGGAAACAACGUGUGCUUUGAGUGCGGUGCCUUCAACCCUCAGUGGGUGAGCGUGAGCUACGGCAUCUGGAUCUGCCUGGAGUGCUCGGGGAGGCACCGCGGGCUCGGGGUGCACCUCAGCUUCGUCCGUUCCGUCACCAUGGACAAGUGGAAGGACGCGGAGCUGGAGAAGAUGAAAGCGGGCGGGAACGCCAAGUUCCAGGAGUUCCUGGAGUCCCAGGAGGACUACGACCCCGGCUGGUCCCUGCAGGAGAAGUACAACAGCAAGGCCGCCGCCCUGUUUCGGGACAAGGUGGCCACUGUGGCCGAAGGCGGAGAAUGGUCCCUGGAGUCCUCGCCCGCCCGGAACUGGACCCCGCCUCGGCCCAAGAUGCUGCCAACCUGUGCCCACGGGGCCACUGGCCGGCCACAGAACUCCACCUCCAGCUCCGACAAGGCUUUCGAGGACUGGCUGAACGAUGAUCUUGGCUCCUAUCAAGGGGCGCCGGAGAACCGCUACGUGGGGUUUGGGAACACGGUGCCGCCUCAGAAGAAGGAAGACGACUUUCUCAACAGCGCCAUGUCGUCCUUGUACUCGGGCUGGAGCAGCUUCACCACCGGUGCCAGCAGGUUUGCCUCAGCCGCUAAGGAGGGCGCUACGAAGUUUGGAUCCCAGGCAAGUCAGAAGGUAACCCAGGGAGCCGCUGUUGAGGGUGCUAGGCUGGUCCCUUUCUCCUGUGCCCAGGGAGGGGGCACCCACACACAAAUUUGCCCCAUCGCCCAUCGGCCCAAGUCACUUGAGGUGCCUGCGGGGUUUAGCAGGUGGAGUCGGCUGCACCUGGGCCAUGGGGCUGAAGUCCUCACUGUCCCUGGCAGCCGGGCACUCUGGGCCACUGUGCCCUUGGCUUUGGGACAGAGGGCCUGUGUCCUGCCGAGGCAGCAUCUUUCUGUCCCUGGUCAGCACCCUCCCUUCUUGUGGGCGGUGUCCUGGGCCCUGGCAUUGGUCUUGCUCCCGGUCUUGGUUAGCAGCUGCGCCAGGUCUCGUGUGGUGCCAGGCCUCCAGCACCAGGUCAGGACUCAGGAGGUCGCGGCCAUGGAGGCUGUCCCUGGAGCCUCAGGGCCACAUGGGCCCCCUCACACCCUGAGGGGUGACAUGCCGUGUCCCAGCCCCACUCAGGGGCCAUCUCUGAGCCCGCAUCUCGGGUGCCUGAGCCGCUGGCACAUGUGGCCCUGGGAAGCGCGGAGUUGGGGGUGGGGACGCCCACCGGGCCCUGUUGGGGACACGACCUGGUUGUUGCCAAACGCUGCUCCUACUGCCUCGCUCUCUCUCUCGCCUUCUCCCCACCUCGCCACGCUGCCUGGGUAAAGUUCUGGGGUUCCAAGCAGCAGCCAGAGCCGGUAAGCCGCGUCUGUUCUCACACACGCCCCCUGGUCUGUGUGGGCAUGUGCCCUGCUCUGAGCUGUCGUUCUGCGGCCUGUGU